GAGACCCCACUCACCUGGCCUGGGCCAAGCACCACUUGGCUUCUGCUUUUCCUUGAUCUCCUCCUGGAGCAAGAGCAGCACCUGUUCCAUCAUGUGGGCUCCUGUACCGCGCAACCUGCUUGCUGGAUCAGAUCAUCCAGGAUGGAGCAGAUCAGCUUAUUCAUCCCUUUCCUACAAGAGGCAUCAAAGGAGCACUCAGGAGGGCAGAGAGGGGCACUACCCCUGCUUGCAGCACCCUCAGCCAUAGCUGUGCUCAGUAGCUGAGCCAGCUCUCAUUAACCUUUACAGCCUGGGUGUGGCAGGAGCGUGGAGGUACCAGGGCUCCUGGACACCGGAGCACAUGGAAUCCUGAGAGGUAUGGCUGCCUGCAGCGGGAGCCCUGGGUGGCAGAGCUGUCUCUGCACCUCCACAACCCCGUGGCACUCAUUAAAGGGGCUGUAGCUGGAGGAGAAGUGCAGACAGGUGGUUUGGGCUUAGUGCAUGGCCAGCAACCACGUUAUCUAAGUAUCCUACCAGGGAUUGGGGCAUGCUCCCGUGGCAUUGGCAGUACCUCUGCCACGUGUGAUUUGGGCUGGACUUUGCCUGAUGGGGCACUGCCCCGGGCACAGUCCUGGCACAGGUGCCUCCCAGUUCGGAGGUUGUGGAGGCUGCCAGCAGGGAAGACAGCCAGUGCUGUGUGGACCCACUGUCAGCUAUGGAGCAAGAAGCAAUCAGGCAGGAGCUGGGAAGCCUCCAUGGCAUCCCCCUCUACAAGAGCUUCAUCGAGGGCUGGCCACAGGUGAAGGCUUUCCAAGCCCGUCCAGACGACCUGCUCAUCUCCACCUACCCCAAAUCGGGCACAACAUGGCUGAGCGAGAUCAUGGACAUGAUCUACCACGAUGGUGAUGUGGAGAAAUGCCGACGGGAUGCCAUUUACAACCGCGUGCCCUUCCUGGAGUUGAAGGCCCCUGGGGAACCAAGUGGUAUUGACCAGCUGGAGAACACUCCAUCCCCGCGGCUGGUAAAGACCCAUCUCCCAGUCCAGCUCCUCCCGACCUCCUUCUGGGAGAAGGACUGCAAGAUUAUCUACAUGGCCCGCAACCCCAAGGAUGUUGCCAUCUCCUACUACUACUUCCACCAGAUGGCCAAGAUACACCACGACCCUGGCACGAAGGCCGAGUUCUUGGAGAACUUCAUGGCUGGCAAAGUGCCCUACGGAUCCUGGUACGACCACGUGCGCGGAUGGUGGGAGAAGAAGCGGGAGAAGAAGAUACUCUACCUCUUCUAUGAGGACAUGAAGAAGGACCCACGGCAGGAGGUCCAUAAGAUCUUGCAGUUCCUGGGCAAGGAGUUGGCAGAGGAAACAGUGGAUAGGAUCCUGCACCACACCUCCUUCCAGGAGAUGAAGAAGAACCCUGCUGCUAACUAUGAGACUAUGCUCCCCGCCUUGAUGGAUCACAGCAUCUCCCCCUUCCUCCGGAAAGGGGUCUCUGGAGACUGGAAGAACCACUUCACUGUGGCCCAGAAUGAGCGCUUUGACCAGCACUACCAGGAGCUCAUGGCAGGCUCUGACCUCCACUUCCAGAUGGAAGUGUGAGGGGCUCAUCACCCUUCCCAGGAGGACUGUGCUUCCCCUUGUUCUCCCAGUGGGGAGGAUGGAUGCAGAUGGAGAUUCUGGCACUAAUUCACUUUUUCCCCUGCAAUAAAUUGUGAUAAAUGGA